GAAAUUACUCUUUUGCAUGCAAAAUACAAUCAUUAAAAUUAUACUGCAAAACACAAGAUGGCUAUGGAAAUCAUUGUUUCUGCUGAAGUUCAUAAUUUUGGCUUGCCAGAGUCAUCCACUAGUGUGAUACCUGCAGCACCUCCACUCCCUGUGUCUUUCUGCAAAUUGCUACAAGCUGCAAGUGUGGAAUUGCAAUCUGACACAGAUUCUGGGACUGGAGAUUCCAUGAUGUUUGUCAUCCCUGGACAGGACCUAUCAGACUCAGAGUUCACUGAAGAAUUCUCCUCUGCACCUCCUUCUCGACGAGGAUCUGCCGGAACCAUACCUCUCCCCCCUCCCCCUCCCCCUCUCCCAAGCUACCUCAGUACUUCUGCACCCACUUCUCCCAUCACCACACUGCCAAACAGAUCAGCUCUUCUUACGAGGAGAUCCUCCAUUACAAUAGAACCGCAAACGCCAAGCCGAUUUCGACCCUUAAUUUUUGAUGAUGAAGAAUACUACUAUGAAGACGAUAUUAUAGGUGACGUGUAUCACAACAGUUACAGGGAACCAAAAACGACAGAAAACAAAGGAGAGAUGGUAACUCUCACGUGUAUUGUGUGCUACGAUGAAGUCAGUGAUUUCUCCACUAAUGUCCGCAAAUGCUGCAAUGCGUAUGUCUGCGACUCCUGUAUGAGGGCGAUAGUGCAAACAAAUAUAAAUGAGGGAACAUCUUUCAUUACCUGCCCCAAUCCAGAUUGUGACCAAGGAGCCAUUGGAAAAGAAGAGAUUCUCUCACUCAUCAGUGACGAAAUGCGAAACAAGUUCGAGCGACUACGUGCCGAAGCUGAGGGAAGUAACACAAAGAGAGCUUGUCCAAACUGCACUUACCUUACAGAUCAUCAGCUUCCGAAGCGAUUCAGAAAAUACAAGGAAGAAGACGUUCAAAUCACAUGCAGUAAGUGCCAGUAUGUUUGGUGCUUUGCUUGUCAUGCUCCAUGGCACAAAGAUGUCUCUUGCAAGCAGUUCAGGAGGGGAAAUGUUCACUUCAAGAAAUGGACUAGUGAACGAUCAACAAAAGGUGUUGCUAACUGUCAAAAGUGCCCCCUGUGUCGAGUCUAUAUACAACGCUCGACUGGCUGCGAUCACAUGACCUGCAAUCGAUGCGAUACACAUUUCUGCUACAAGUGUGGAGGACGUUUCCUAGACUUACCUGGAAUAGGCGACCACUACCAACAGACGAGCAUACUGGGUUGCGAGUACAACUACAGCAAAAAUAACUCCAUAAAGCGAAAAACUGUUCGUGGAAGCUACUUUGGUGCUAAAAUGGCUGCACUGACUGCCUAUCCAGUUCUCUUUAUAGCUGGUGUGGUGGUUGUGGUUGUGGUUGGUGCUGUAGCUCUACCCAUCUACGGUGGGUACAGAUACCACAAGUACCGCAAGAACAUGAAGCAAAGGUACUGGCGAAGAAGAAAGCUCUGAA